ACUGCCUGUACUUUGUGCUGUGAACUUAGAUAACCUCCCACAUGGAGGUUUAAAGACCUCCCACUACUUUCUUCAACUAUAGUAGGAGUUUAUAUAACAUUAAAAUCUCCCGCUAGAGCAUUCACAGUGAAUCGAAGAGUGCAUGAGUGAAUUUUAAUUCCGAUUCGUAAUUGCGUGCAAUUUAUUCUCAAGUGUUGUAACAUUACAAGAAGAAUCUUGGACAGAAUUUACGCGUUGAUAGAGAGGAAGAGGUCGCCCUAGUCACCGUAUACCGUUCGCUGCGGAUAAUUUGAAUACUUUCCAAACUGUCAGCACACGGAGGAAUGCAAAAGGACUGCCGAGACUGUUUAGGUAUCCGAUACCGUAUUAACUCCCUGGAUCAAACGUGGAAGUGGUUGCAUCAAACAAUUGCCCUUCACGAUUACCUAAUUUCUAUAACAGCCAUUCAAUCUAACUUUUCGAGAUUUUGUCAGUAAGGGUGCUAUCUACAGAUAAAAAUAUUAAACACUGUCAAGGUUGA